GUGGCUUCGUGCACGUGUCGAUGCCUAAGCCUCGUACACAUGUCGAAGUCGCACAUUCAAAUACAUUGAGGUCCCCUUCUCAGUGUCUCUCUGUCGAUCUGAAAGGCGGCUCUCGUCCAGCGAGUACGUCAUCGUCUGGGACCUUCAAUAUCGUUAUUCAACCACCGUCUCGCCCAGCUUCGAAUAAUUCUCAAAGUACGAUUUCAGCAACUCGUACUCAUCUUCUCAGCCCAGCGGAUGCGGAUCGGCCAAUGCCACUUCCCACCCAUCUGGAAGAAACAUCGACUACGGACCCUAUAUCUUCGACCGACGAUACGAUCCCUAUUACUCUCCCCGAUGGUGUUCUUCCCCCAGGUUUUGUCCCUACAGGCCCGCCUACGCCACUGACACAUUCGAGUCGUGACACACGGUAUACGGCCGCGGGUGUCCCGCUCCCGCAGUCGACGGUCGAAACGUACCAUCAUCGUCUCCCCUCGUACGGUAGUUAUUCUGGAAGCACUGUUGCCGCAGGCCUUCCCAAUGGCGGCAGUGUUAAAAGUGGUGGGGAUACACCUGCUGUCAUACCACCUCCACUGGAUAAGUUCGCGCGGAGAGAAGAUUCAGACGAUUCGUCGAGUGACGCUGAGUCGCUUUCCACUACGCCCACGCGGUACCGUGUGCCAUCGAAUGCGAGAUACACACCCUCUACUACUUCAUACGGUGGGGGUGCUGCGGGAGUUCCGUUACCGCCAUCUGGGUACACGGCCGCUGGAAUAACUCUUCCUCCAAGUUCUGUCGCGGGAACGCCGUAUUCGUAUAUGAGGAGUCCGGGUGUCGACGCAUUGUAUAUGAGUAUGAAUGCGAAUGCGGGGACUACGCCUGCUGCGCUGGGAAGGGUAAAGUCGUUCUCGACUGACAGGGGUACGUCGAUCAGAGGAUGACGAGUAUCACACGAUGCGGCCCUUACAUUCCCAUUUAUACGAUCUGGUGAUGAUUUAUUGAUUUCACGACCUAAUAGUUCCUGUGAUCACGAGUAGCUUUCUUGACGAGAGCUGACGUGUUCCUGAAUGAACUCACCACCAUAUUGCAUAAAGUACAUCGUAGCAUGUGUAUUAUGAUCAUACGUCCCAGAGUUGUCCCAGCUGCUAAACGCUCUAAUGACCGUAUGAAGAUCCUAAGCCGAGUCCC